AUGUGUAAUGAGGUAAUUGGGACAUUUGUUGAUGAAGAGGAGAACGAUGACACAUAUAAGAAAAUGCCUCCUCUUUCGGACAAUAAAGGUGAAAGAAAUGAUGACCGGUGUUAUGAAAGUUGGAGAAGAAGAAGUGGGGAUCUCAAGAUCAGCCAAGUUUUUGAAAGCAUUAAAGAGUUUAGAGAGGCUGUAUUGGAGUAUGCUCUUAUAGGUGGUUGGAACAUUCAACACAACCGAUGGGGAUCAAUCAAAUCAGGUGCGAAGUGUGGCAUAGAAAAAUGCAAUUGGAGAGUCUACUGCUCUUAUGAUGAUGUGGUUGCUCAGUUUAUGAUAAAGACAUUUCAAGACAUUCAUACAUGUCAUAAAGACAGACGUUGCGAGAUUUUGACCGAGGAUGUCACAUGCAACAUGUUCAUAUACGAGCUCAGAUAUAACCCUGACCUGAGGCCUAUAGCGAUGCAAGAGAGGAUACAUGAGCGUUAUAAUGUUGCUCCGUCACACUACCAAUGUCGCAAGGCGAAAAAAAGAGCUUUUUCACUCAUUGAAGAUGAAUGGGAUGAGCAGUAUUCAAGAACAAAUUCAGAUUUCACAGUGGAGCUACGAACAGUUAUUGCAGAAAAUAGGAAAAAAAAUUUCGACACUUUUUACAUGUGUUUUGAUGGGCUCCGGAACACUUGGAGGAAUCACUAUCGACCCAUCUUCAGAAUAGAUGGUUGCUUCUUGAAGUCAAACUCCAAAGGUCAGCUUUUGGCAGCUGUUGGCAUAGAUGCCAAUAACCAGAUAUACCCUUUCGCAUGGGCAAUAGUUCAGGUGGAGAACACCGAUAGUUGGGUUUGGUUCAUUCAGCAUCUGAAGCAGAACUUGGAUCUUGGUAACGGUUUCGGUUUCACUUUGAUAUCUGAUCGGCAGAAGGGAUUACUUAAUGCUGUUACUCAAGAACUCCCACUGAUUGAGCACCGGAUGUGUGCACGACAUAUUUACGGGAACAUGAAAAAAGCUUUUCCGAAAAAGUCUCGGAUGAAAGGUUUGUUCUGGAAAGUUGUAGAGAGUUUCAAUGAGGCUGACUACAAAGUAAAUUUAAAGAACAUGGAAGAGUAUGAUGAGGAAGUCCAUCGUGCAUUAGUGAGCAGAGAACCAGAACAUUGUAGUAGAGCAUUUUUCAGCACCACAUCUUGCUGUGAAGAUGCACUCAACAAUUUUUCAGAGUCAUACAACAAGGCAAUUGAAAAGGCGCGUGCAAUGCCAUUGGUUCAGUGUUAA